AUGGGCUCGUCUAUGGUCAGUCUACCGGUGAAGUCAGUGCGCGGCGACGUUCCGCAACAACAGCGCAUCCUUCAACGGGGGAUCGACGUCGUGACAAGUCACCUCCAAAGCGUAGGCUUAACCGCCUCGCCGGAUAAGACAACCUACGUAGUCAUAGCCCCCAGGCGGGAAAGGGACGCGAACAUCAGCUCAACUCUUCACUUGACUCUCGCGGGCCAACCGAUCAGAUCAGCACCUGAGGUACGCAUCCUAGGACUACAAUUCCACGAGGAUGGCACCGCAAAGGCUUGGCUAACAAUGGUCACCCAACAGUGCCAGGCAGCACUAAACGUCAUUAGAAGGAUCAGCGGCACCAGAGGAGGCGCUGACGAGGAAGUUGCCCGCCGCAUGGUGAAAACCCUCAUCGUCUCCCGCAUCUGCUACGGUGCCCCCCACUACCGACUUACCAACACACAAUGGAAGAAACUGGAAAUCCUUACCAACAACGCAGCUCGAAUUGUCACUGGCCUCCCCCGAUAUACACCGCUAGACAAGCUCAAGGCACACGCGAAGCUCAACAUGGCUCGAGAAACCGUAGAGGAGAGAGCACGAGCUCAUCUAGAGCGACUCCAACACUCAGCCUCCGGACGACAAAUCCUAGAGAUGAUCGGCUCAGAUAUCAGAGCCCUUCCCCCUCUCCCGGAGGUUGACCCCCCAUGGAGCGACGAUGUGUGCCUCGUGGACGAUCGACCAGUACCAAGGGGAGCCGGGCCCAGUCGCCCUGGCAAGCAAGCUUGCCAAGUGCGACAGCACUGCAAACUCGUCCAAGAGUGGACGGACACCAAUGAGAAGCUCGCAGUAUACACUGAUGCGGCUUUCGUCUCCUUCCCUAAACCGAUUUGCUCCGCUGCGGUUGUGAUUCCCCGCCUAGGAAUCACCAUGGCCGAAACAUUGCCCGGCGGCACAUCGGUCAAGGGCGGAGAACUUGGAGCUAUCCAACUGGCACUGCGCACCGUCAUCGAGAAGGAAAUCCGACCGACACACCUACAGAUUUUCACUGACUCUGCGGCUGCAUUAAUAGAAUGUCGCUCUCGCCACUCCCCGAACAAGCGAGUUAAGGCAAUCCGAAAGAUGGCCUCCGACCUAAUUACAGCCGGUACAACCAUCAAAGUGUCCUGGAUACCUGCCCACGCAGACAUUCAGGGCAACGUGCCUUAG